AUGUUGAUCUCUGACCGAGCCCUAGAGGAUGACCAGCAGCAGGAAAAACAGUCCAAAUGUGGAGAAAAAAUCGGCGGCAUCGGGGGAACGGGGGCGGCCUCGGGGAACGAGGGCGGCCUCGGGGAACGGGGGCAGGGUCGGCCUCGGGGGAACGGGGGCGGCCUCGGGGAACGGGGGCAGGGUCGGCCUCGGGGGAACGGGGGCGGCCUCGGGGAACGGGGGCAGCCUCGGGGGAACGGGGGCGGCCUCGGGGGAACGGGGGCGGCCUCGGGGAACGGGGGCGGCCUCGGGGAACGGGGGCGGCCUCGGGGGAACGGGGGCGGCCUCGGGGAACGGGGGCGGCCUUGGGGAACGGGGGCGGCCUUGGGGAACGGGGGCGGCCUCGCACGGCCAUGUAAACACCAAUAA